AUGGAAGAAAACAAAGUUCAGAUCACUGUUAUAAAUCCUAAAUCCAUAACAAUGGGUCAGCUAUAUGGACAAUUUGAUCCAGUGUCACAUGAAUGGUCAGAUGGCAUCCUAGCAGUGAGCUUCAGAGCAUUUGCUUCAUCCCAAACUCCAGAUAGGAAAUGGCUGAUUUUUGAUGGACCAGUGGAUGCAGUAUGGAUUGAGAAUAUGAAUACUGUGCUUGACGAUAAUAAAAAGUUGUGCCUUAUGAGUGGAGAGAUCAUCACAAUGUCACAGCAAAUGAGCCUUAUUUUUGAACCAAUGGAUUUAGAAGCUGCUUCCCCUGCUACUGUUUCAAGGUGUGGUAUGGUAUAUAUGGAGCCCCAUUUGUCAGGCUGGAGACCAUUAAUGAUGUCUUGGCUAAACACAAUGCAUUCAGGAAUCAGCUCUGUGCAUAAAGAAUUUAUAAUGGGCCUGUUUGACAGAAUGGUUCCACUCUGUCUUGAGUUUAUUAGGAAAUACACAAAGGAACUGUCUCCUACUUCAGAUACAAACUUAAUUCGAUCACUAAUAAAUCUGGUGGACUGCAUGACGGAUGAAUUUGCUGAUGAAGCCAAUGUUAAAGCUAUGAAUGACCAUGACAUUUUCUCUUGGCUUGAGGGUAUUUUUUUGUUUUCACUGAUAUGGUCCGUAGGAGCUAGCUGUAAGGAAGAUGAUCGUCUGAAAUUUGACAAAGUUGUGCGAGAAAUGCUUAAUGGACAAUUAAGUGAGGAGACAAGAGAACAAUACAAAUUGUUGAGCGGUAUUGAUCAACAGCCUUCAAAAGCUUUCACAAUCCCAUUUCCAACAGAAGGAACAAUUUAUGAUUAUCGGUUUGUCAAAAAGGGAGCAGGAGUUUGGGAACCCUGGGUGGAAACACUCAAAUCAGCUCCUCCUAUACCUCAAGAUAUGAUGUUUAAUGAAAUAAUUGUACCAACUCUGGAUACAGUUCGAUACAUGGCAUUGAUGGAAUUGUUGACAGUGCAUCAAAAACCUUCUAUAUUUGUGGGACCAACAGGAACUGGAAAAAGUACCUAUAUUACUAAUUUUCUUUUAAAUAAUUUGAAUAAAGAAGUCUACAAGCCACUGCUCAUUAACUUUUCAGCACAAACUACAGCAGGUCAGACUCAGAAUAUUAUAAUGUCCAAGCUGGACAAAAGGAGAAGAGGAAUUUUUGGACCUCCUCUUGGAAAAAGAAUGGUUGUAUUUGUAGAUGAUGUUAAUAUGCCAGCACGAGAGGUCUAUGGUGCUCAGCCGCCUGUUGAAUUACUAAGGCAGUGGUUAGAUCACUGGAAUUGGUAUGACCUUAAAGACUGCUCAAUGAUUAAACUUGUAGAUAUUCAGAUUGUGUGUGCAAUGGGACCACCAGGCGGUGGUCGAAACCCAGUAACACCACGAUUCUUGCGCCACUUCAAUACUGUUACUAUUAAUGAGUUUGAUGAUGAAUCCAUGUACACAAUUUUUUCUAGGAUCUUAGACUGGCAUCUAACAGUAUGCUUUCCAUCACAGUAUGUAGAACUGACUCCACAAAUUAUUAAUGGAACCAUGCAUAUGUAUAAAGAGGCUAUGAAGAAUCUGCUUCCUACCCCAGCCAAAUCUCACUAUUUGUUCAAUCUCCGUGACUUUUCACGUGUUAUUCAAGGUGUUUGCCUGUCCAGGCCUGAAACAACAGAAACUGCAGGAGCAAUAAAACGUCUCUGGGUUCAUGAGGUUCUUAGAGUGUAUUAUGAUCGCUUGGUGGAUAAUCCUGACCGGGCUUGGCUUGUUGGAUUUAUCCAAGAAGUAGUGAAAAAUGACUUACAAGAAGAUUUUAAUGAACUUUUCCAGAAUCUGGACUUCAACAAUGAUGGCAGAGUGGAAGAAGAUGACUUACGUAGCUUAAUGUUUUGUGAUUUUCAUGACCCUAAGAGAGAGGACACUAAAUACAGGGAGAUUAGCGAUGUGGAUCAAUUGAGAUUGGUUGUAGAGAGUCACCUUGAAGAGCUCAACAACAUGAGCAAAAAGCCAAUGCAGCUUGUCUUGUUCCGAUUUGCUAUAGAACAUAUUUGUAGAAUUUCACGUAUUCUGAAACAGCCUCGCAGCCAUGCCCUCCUUGUUGGUGUUGGAGGUAGUGGUCGACAAUCUCUUACUCGAUUAGCAGCCCAUAUGGCUGAAUACAACCUUUUUCAGGUUGAAAUAACUAAAAGUUAUGGUAUCAAUGAGUGGCAUAAAGACCUAAAAGUCAUACUAAGAAAAUCUACUGAAGGGGAAAUGCAGGGAGUUUUCUUGUUCACAGAUGUGCAGAUUAAAAAGGAGUCAUUCUUAGAAGACAUUAACAACUUACUAAAUGCAGGUGAAGUGCCAAACCUCUUUGCAAUAGAUGAGAAGGAAGAAAUUUGUGAAAAAAUGCGUCAAGUAGAUCGCCAGCGGGAUAGGGCAAAACAGACAGAUGGCAGUCCUAUAGCUCUUUUUAACAUGUUUGUUGAUCGCUGUCGGGAUCAGCUUCAUAUAGUACUGGCAAUGAGUCCCAUUGGAGAUGCUUUCCGUAAUCGCCUUCGUAAAUUUCCAGCUCUUGUCAACUGCUGCACGCUAGACUGGUUUCAGCCAUGGCCUGAAGAUGCAUUGGAAGCUGUUGCAUCUCGCUUCUUGGAAGAUGUUGAAAUGUCAGAAGAAACUCGAAGUGGGUGUAUUGAUAUGUGUAAAAGCUUUCAUACAUCUACCAUUGUUUUAUCUGACUUAUACCAUGCAGAGCUUCAAAGACGCAACUAUGUUACACCUACUUCAUACUUGGAACUGAUCUCCACUUUUAAAAGUCUACUUGAAAAGAAACGCACUAAAGUGAUGAAAAUUAAAAGAAGAUAUGAAGUUGGCUUGGAGAAACUGAACUCUGCUGCAUCUCAAGUAGCCUUGAUGCAGUCUGAGCUGGAGGCUCUGCAACCUCAGUUACGGGAAGCUAGCAAGCAGGUUGAUGAGAUGAUGGUCGUUAUUGAAAAAGAAUCUUUGGAAGUAGCCAAAACUGAAAAAGUCGUGAAAGCUGAUGAAGCAGAGGCAAAUGAGCAGGCUAUGGCUGCAAAAGCCAUCAAAGAUGAAUGUGAUGCUGACUUAGCAGAAGCCAUGCCUUGUUUAGAAAGUGCUCUGGCUGCCCUUGACACUCUUACUGCACAGGAUAUUACAGUGGUUAAGUCCAUGAAGAGUCCUCCGGCUGGUGUCAAGCUUGUAAUGGAAGCUAUAUGCAUCCUUAAAGGCAUCAAAGCAGAUAGGAUUCCAGAUCCAAGUGGUUCUGGAAAAAAAAUUGAGGAUUUCUGGGGUCCUGCUAAGAGACUUCUGGGUGACAUAAGAUUUCUUCAGUCUCUUCAUGAAUAUGACAAGGAUAACAUUCCUCCAGCUUACAUGGCUAUCAUAAGAAAACAGUAUCUUACAAAUCCUGAGUUUGUACCAGACAAGAUUCGAAAUGCUUCCACAGCAGCAGAGGGUUUGUGCAAAUGGGUCAUAGCCAUGGCGUUUUAUGAUGUAGUGGCAAAAAAUGUUGCACCCAAAAAGCUAAAGUUGAAUGAAGCUGAAGGAAAACUAAAGAUUGCUAUGGAAAGUCUAAGAAAGAAACAAGCAGACCUGAAGGAGGUUCAAGAUAAAUUGGCUGUACUCCAACACACACUGGAAUCCAAGAAACAGGAGAAGGCUGACUUGGAAAAUCAGGUUGACUUAUGCAGCAAAAAACUACAGCGAGCAGAACAAUUGAUUGGUGGCCUUGGGGGUGAGAAAACUCGUUGGCAUGAGACUGCUUUGGAGCUGGGAAGGCAGUACGUCAACUUAACUGGAGAUAUACUUAUUUCAUCAGGAAUUGUAGCUUACCUAGGAGCCUUUACAUCCAACUACAGACAAAUGCAAACUAAAGAGUGGGCAUUGCUAUGUAAAACAAAAGACAUUCCUUGUUCUGAUGAUUUUUCCUUAACAAAUACCCUGGGAGAACCAGUGAAAAUCAGAGCUUGGAAUAUUGCUGGACUACCUUCUGACAUGUUUUCCAUUGAUAAUGGCAUAAUUAUCUCUAAUGCAAGAAGAUGGCCUCUGAUGAUAGAUCCUCAGGGUCAAGCAAACAAAUGGAUAAAGAACAUGGAAAAAGCCAAUAAUUUGCAUAUAAUCAAACUGAGUGAUCCUCAGUUUGUUACAACAAUGGAAAAUUGCAUUCAGUUUGGCAGUCCUGUGCUACUGGAAAAUAUUGGAGAAGAACUUGAUCCUAUCCUAGAGCCACUUUUGCUCAAACAGACAUUUAAGCAAUCAGGGAGUAUAUGCAUUUGCCUUGGAGACUCCACUAUUGAGUAUGCUCCUGAAUUCCGCUUUUAUAUUACAACUAAGCUGAGAAAUCCACAUUACCUUCCUGAAACAUCUGUUAAGGUAACAUUAUUGAACUUCAUGAUAACUUCAGAAGGAAUGCAGGAUCAGCUUCUUGGAAUUGUAGUGGCAAGAGAAAGGCCAGAUCUCGAAGAAGAAAAACAAGCCCUCAUCCUUCAAGGGGCUGAGAAUAAAAGGCAGCUAAAAGAAAUAGAAGACAAGAUUUUAGAAGUUCUUUCAGCCUCAGAAGGAAAUAUUUUGGAGGAUGAAACUGCUGUUCAGAUAUUGUCUUCUUCCAAAAUUCUGGCUAAUGAGAUUUCUGAAAAGCAAGCUGUAGCUGAAGAGACAGAAAAGAAGAUUGAUGCCACUCGUAUGGGCUAUCGUCCUAUUGCUGUCCAUUCGUCAGUCUUGUUUUUUUCUAUUGCUGAUCUCGCCAACAUUGAGCCAAUGUACCAGUAUUCACUCACAUGGUUUAUUAACCUUUUCAUCAUGUCUAUAGAUAAUUCAGAGCAAUCGGAAGAUUUACAAACAAGGUUGAAGAUUCUCAAGGAUCAUUUUACUUACUUGCUUUAUGUCAAUGUCUGUCGCUCCCUCUUUGAAAAGGACAAGCUGCUGUUCUCUUUUUGUCUAACUGUGAAUCUCCUGAAACAUGAAGGAUUGAUUAAUGAGAAUGAGUGGAUAUUUCUGUUGACUGGAGGCAUAGGUUUGGACAAUCCCUUUUCUAAUCCAUGUACCUGGCUUCCUGCAAAAUCAUGGGAUGAAAUUUGUCGACUAAAUGAUUUGCCUUGCUUCACAACCAUUCGUGAGGAUUUUACACGACUAAAGGAUGGAUGGAAAUUGGUAUAUGACAGCUUGGAUCCCCAGCAUGAGAAUUUUCCUGCGGAGUGGCAAGAAAAGUUGGGGGAGUUCCAAAGGAUGCUUGUCAUUCGCUGCCUGAGACCUGACAAAAUCAUACCAAUGGUACAGGAUUUUAUCAUUCAUAACCUGGGACAUCAAUUUAUUGAGCCACCUCCAUUUGAUUUGUCAAAAGCAUUUUCUGAUAGUCACUGUUGUGCACCACUGAUAUUUAUACUUUCUCCUGGUUCUGACCCCAUGGCAUCCCUUGUCAAGUUUGCUGAUGAUCAGGGAUAUGGUAAUACAAAGCUUAGUUCUCUGUCACUUGGUCAAGGCCAAGGCCCGAUAGCCAUGAAAAUGAUAGAGAAGGCAGUAAAGGAAGGAACAUGGAUAGUUCUGCAAAAUUGCCAUCUAGCAAGUUCAUGGAUGCCAGUACUGGAAGGAGUCUGUGAG